UAACGGCAUGCAGUGGUGUAGCGGCAUACGCAGCGAGAUUAGGCUAAAACAUCCGGAAUCAGUGAAAGACUGUUCUUUCUCAUCCCUCAACAAGCCUGGCGAACGGAGAGGAGAUCGUGUUCCCAUCGAGCGACUCCUCUGCCACUAACAAGGGAUUGAUCCCCUCUGCGGUCAGAUAUGUCUGACUAUUGACUAGCGUGAGACUGGGAAACCACGACACGGCAAAGACACGGACACACACAUCUGGCAGAAGAAAACAUCCUUUGACAACUUACCGUGUUCUGGUUAGCGAGAAAAUCAUUUGCAUCCACAGUCAUAACCUUUCCAGCAGACAGCGGACCAAUUGUAUUCUAUCUUGAAGAUGAUCUGAAAAAGAGGGAUAAUUUUUCCACUUUCCCCCUAAAUAAUACAGAAAAUUCUCUGUAAGUUUUUUUCUUUACUGUGAGGGGAAACAUUUGAAAGAAAAAGCUGAUCGUGUCUGUGAUGGUCCCAAAUCUGGAGGAUGGGGAUGUGUGCAUAAUUUUGACCUCACCGUAAAAAAAAAAAAACGAACCUACUAUUCUUUCCAUUCUGUAUCAACAAAAACAAGGAGAGCGCAUGAUACGGAUUUUGUGCCUGCCCCACAUGAGCAGAAGAAGGCAUCUUGCAGUGAGGAAGACUCGACUGAUUCGCUGUUGCUGUUUUAAAUACCUACUAUCAGCCACACAAAGAAGAGGAAAAAGUGCUAUUAGCAGCCAAGAAAGUGUUUGGCAAUAGCUGCUGAUCCAUGCUCUCAGAGCAGCUGAGGCACAGCACGAGUCCAUCCCCUCCUUCUGAUGUACAUUAUUACAACAAGGGAUACCCAAUCAAGCACGUAUCUCAUCGAUUCGAACUGCUCUCCGUGGAUUUUGAACGCGCUGGGACAAAAUAACGGAGCGAGCCAGCGUGUGGGCGACAAGUCCGUCCAUCUCUUCUUUCAACCUUUGCCUUUAUUUACCCCGCUAUCUUAAAAACAAUAUAUAUUUGUUGAUGCUUUUAAGGGGACUUGGAAAGACGGGGAUUUUCAUACGAUGGCUACAGCGACGCUGAGAUUCUGCCUUGCUGGUUUUUAAAUUGCGUGUGAUGACUGGAUAUCGAAAUCCUCAUGGAUAACGCAGUUAAUCGACGGAUUGACUUGCCUGUUGCAGCCUCCAACGCGGAGUGAGAAUCACAUUGAGGCUGAAGAUCCCCCCCCCCCCCCCCGUCACUGUACUCUCCGUCUCCACACACUGUGAUAUCCAAGUCGAACAGGAGAGGAAGAAAAAAAAAACGCUUGUUCUUCUUCAUCUUCAGAUCUACCCGUUCUUCAAUGUCUGCAUUUUUGUUUGAAAACUGCCGAUCUAUGUCAGCCUUCUGAAAACGUCCCGGGUACGGUGUAAGGAAGCGCCGCUAUCAAAGAAGAGCGGACGAGUUAGGGAUCUCUGGGGCUAGAGGAGAACUCUUCAGAACCCCGAAAUAAGCAUGCCGCGGAGGAAACAGCAAGCGCCCCGGCGUGCGGCAGCGUAUGCCCCUGAGGAUGAGAAGGAGGCUGCCCUGCUCGAUGAGGACCUGGAGGGGGAGGACUCUGCCGGGGAGGAGGAGCCUGCGGUGAAGUACAUGUGCCAAGACAAGGACUUCCUUUUCAAUGACCGGCCUGAUUUCCACGACUCCCCCGUGGCCGACUUCUCCGGCCAUGAGUUGGACAAUGAGUCUCACCUGAGUGAGUCCAGUGACCGCAUGUCAGACUUUGAGAGUGCCUCUCUCAGAAAUGAGGAGGUCGCGAAGGUGCCACUAACGCCCUUGUCGCCAUCUUCCUCUGUCACGAUGGCCACCAGCACAGCUGUAGCCACGGAGGACGGCGCCACCACCGGGCCAGACAGCCUGGAGCAGAUGAAGGCCAUCUACACCAGCUUCCUGACCAACUCUUACUGGUCGUCUCUGAACCUCAACCUCACCCAGCCGCCAGCGGUGGAGAAACCUCCACGCAGCCACAGCAGCAGCAGCAGUAGCAGUAGCAGCAGUUGUGGCAGCAAUGGCAAUGGUUACGACUGGCACCAGUCCGCCGUGGCCAAGACCCUCCAGCAUGUCUCUCAGAACCAGAACCGGCUCAUCCACCCUGCAGCGGAGCAAAACAACCUGUUCAGCACCGUGCAGCUCUACCGUCAGAGCACGAAGCUCUACGGCUCCAUCUUCACAGGUGCCAGUAAGUUCCGCUGCAAGGACUGCAGUGCUGCCUACGACACGCUGGUGGGGCUGACUGUACACAUGAAUGAGACAGGCCACUACCGCGAUGACAACCACGAGACAGACAGCGAUGGCACCAAGCGCUGGUCUAAGCCACGUAAACGAUCCCUCCUGGAGAUGGAAGGGAAAGAAGAUGCUCAGAAGGUCCUGAAGUGUAUGUACUGUGGACAUUCCUUUGAGUCUCUGCAGGACCUCAGUGUCCACAUGAUUAAGACAAAACACUACCAGAAAGUGCCUCUGAAGGAACCAGUGACUCCUGUGGCAGCCAAGAUCAUCUCCUCCGCCCGGAAGAGAGCCCCCAUUGAGCUCGACAUCCCCAGCUCCCCAGACUCCAAUGGGUGCACCCCCAAACCCUCCCUAAAUGACCCUUAUGACGCCCUCCAGAAGGCAUCCAACCCCUACAUCACCCCAAACAACCGUUACGGACACCAGAAUGGAGCCAGUUAUGCAUGGCAGUUUGAGUCCAGGAAGUCCCAGAUCCUGAAAUGCAUGGAAUGUGGCAGCUCCCACGACACACUUCAGGAGCUAACAGCACACAUGAUGGUGACCGGUCACUUCAUCAAGGUCACAAACUCUGCCAUUAAGAAAGGCAAGCCCAUCAUGGAGUCUCCCCCAACACCCAUCCCCAUCAUCUCUGCUGGUGAGGAGAAAUUCCAGUCUGUGCCACUGGCAGCCACAGCAUUCUCCCCACCUCCUCCACCCAUACCUCCUCCCUCUAGUGUUUCCCCUGCCAUGGCUGUGGAGAUUAAGAAGGAGGAGAAGGAAGAGGAAUGUAUGAAGGAAACCGCUAACAGCAGCAAAGACAAGAAGACCGGAGAUGACGAGACAGACGAGAAAUUUGAUAUCUCCUCCAAAUACUCUUACUUAACAGAGGAGGAUCUGGAGGAGAGCCCUAAGGGAGGGUUUGACAUCCUGAAGUCCUUGGAGAACACAGUGACAUCAGCCAUCAACAAAGCACAGAACGGUGCUCCCAGCUGGGGGGGCUACCCCAGCAUCCAUGCUGCAUACCAGCUCCCAAACAUCAUGAAGCUCUCACUGGCCAACUCAGGGAAGAGCUCAGCCCUGAAGUACAUGUUCCCUGGAGGAGAGACCCUUUUCCAAAAUGCCAAAAACCAACCUCUGAUCUCCCCGCCCAGCCGCCAGACCUCUCCUCUCCCCAAAAACAACUUCCACGCCAUGGAGGAGCUGGUGAAGAAGGUGACUGAGAAAGUAGCCAAGGUGGAGGAGAAGAUGCGGGAGCCCAGUGUAAGGGCGUCCCCAAUGAGACAAGCCACACCCUCCCCCUGCAGCAGCGAGGCAGGGGAGUCAGCCAGAGGGGAGUCCCCUAAAGAGAGGAGAGGGUCUAAAACCCCAGAGAGCAUCGGAGGAGGCAGCCACAAAGACUGUAACGGUGACGCCAAUAUGAAGGAGUCGCUGGAGAAUGGAAUGGAGUCUGCUGUCAAAUCCCCCAUCUCUGCCUUGUGUGGCGGCACAGCCAUUAUUACAGACCACCCGCCAGAGCAGCCCUUCGUCAAUCCUCUAAGUGCGCUUCAGUCCGUGAUGAACGUCCACCUGGGUAAGGCGGCCAAGCCUGCUCUGCCGUCCCUGGACCCCAUGAGCAUGCUCUUCAAGAUGAGCAACAGCCUGGCAGAGAAGGCCGCGGUCGCCGCUUCCACCCCAGCUCAGACCAAAAAAAACAACGAGCACUUAGACCGCUACUUCUACCACGUCAACAACGACCAGCCAAUAGACCUGACCAAAGGCAAGAAUGAAAAGAGUAGCUCCCUGGGUUCGGCUGCCCUGUCGUCAUCCACAUCAACACCCUCCUCGGGCUCCCCCUCCUCCACAGCCACCAUGGCCAAGGCCUCGUCCGUUGUGGCCUCGUUCAUGUCCAACUCCCCGCUGCGUGAGAACGCCCUGUCUGACAUAUCAGACAUGCUGAGAAACCUGACAGAGAGUCAAGCUUCCAAGUCCUCCACGCCCACCAGCCUGUCGGAAAGGUCUGACCUCGAGGGUUCCACUCAAGAGGAGCUAGAGGAGAUCUCUCCAGCCCAGAAACGCAAGGGCCGGCAGUCCAACUGGAACCCCCAACACCUGCUGAUCCUACAGGCCCAGUUUACUGCCAGCCUCCGGCAGACUGGCGAUGGGAAGUACGUGAUGUCAGACCUGAGCCCCCAGGAGAGGAUGCACAUCUCCCGUUUCACAGGCCUCUCCAUGACGACCAUCAGCCACUGGCUGGCCAAUGUCAAGUACCAGCUGCGGAGAACCGGAGGGACGAAGUUCUUAAAGAACCUGGACUCAGGCCACCCAGUGUUCUUCUGCAGCGACUGUGCUUCUCAGAUCCGUUCCCCCUCCACCUACGUCAGCCACUUGGAGUCUCACCUGGGCUUCAGACUCCGAGACCUGGCCAAACUGUCUGGAGAGCAGCUUGUCAGCCAGAUCUCACGUCACGCUAAAACCCUGUCCGAAAAACUGCUCUCCAACCACUCCCACUCCAACCCUCACUCCCUCUCCCACGCCCACUCCCCGUCUCCCUCCCCUGACGAGGACGGCAGCAGCACCUCGUAUCAGUGCACGCUCUGCAACCGGACUUUUGCAAGCAAGCACGCAGUCAAGCUCCACCUGAGCAAGACCCAUGGGAAAUCCCCAGAGGACCACCUUAUGUAUGUGUGUGAGCUUGAGAAACAGUAGCACUAAGCUGUGGACAUGCUGCACUCUCUCUCUCUCUCUCUCUCUCCCGUUCUCUCUUGGUCUAUCUUUAGCCUUUCACAGACAUUUCUUUUUAAAAAAAAGGACUAAAAACUAUUAAGUGAUGAAACUGCACAAAGAUGCCGUGGAACUACUGUUUAGUUUCGGCACAUGGUUUGUGAUUUUCUUUAAAAGGGAGACUCACUCUGGCCCAAGAAGCUUUUGUUUGUUUAUGCUCUCCUUUUUAUGAAAAGACGGUCAUUUUCUAAAUGUGCAGUGUUGAAGAAAGAGGUGCUGUUGUCACUGAUAAAACAAAUGAAGGUUGAACAAUAUUUUAAAAUGAAGUGGUAUGUAUUUGAAAGUUGUGUAAAUUGGAUUUGAUUUCUUUAUAUUCUGGCAUCCUUGAGAUGCGAUAAGCUGCAUGCAUAAAUGAAACAGUUUAGUUGAACAUUUGGUUAACUAAAUCUGGUGCACUUUUCUUUUCUCUCUCUCUCUCUUUCCCUCUCUUUUUGUUAAUGUGACCUUUAUGUGCUGGUGUGAGCAAUCUGAAAUUUAACCCUCUGAGUACGGCCAAGCACUUCUACCCGAAUGAUCCCAAAACCCUUCUCAAAACAAACUAUUUUAGAUUGGAAUUGACCAAGCUAUUGUGUGGUUUGUAAGCUGCACAGUGAAAGCACCACAUGUCCCUGUCCAACAGCCAAUCUCUAAAAAUGCAUCGUACGUGAUGCAAAAUCUCAAUCUGAAGUUGUUUACUUUGUUUAAAUCAGGGACCUUUAUGAAUUCAGGUCUGUGUAAAAAAUGUAUCUAAAAACAUAUAUACUAAUUCCUGUCUAAAUUAUGCAUCAUUUUUAUAUUUUUAAUUUAAGAGGAGUAUGACUAUCUACUGGUGCACAAUAUAUGAAGACAUGAAUGAAAUUGUUUUGCACAAUAGUUUUGUAAAAUAUGUUAUUUAAUCCAAUGAUAUGAAAAUAAGAGGAACAAAAUGACCCAGAACUCUUUUAUUUCCACCUCGUGCUCAAAGGGUUAAACCUCUAGUACAAAGACAGUACGUACAUGUGCCGGUAUUUGAACGUUAAAAAGACAAAAAGGUUGUACAACAGAUGUUACUUUAUGAAGUAACGGAGAAUUCCACACGUUUUAUUUAUAAGCACUCUUGGUUGUUGUUUCAUAUCGUAGGAUGCCUUUGGAUUGGUAUUUCUUUCUUUUUUUCUCUGUCUAAUUACUCUCCCACAAUUCCGCACUGCAGCGUUAUCUUUUGGGGAUAUGAAAGGUAACCAUAGUUACCUCACCUCUGAUUGACAGUUCUGCUCCAUUUUUUUUGGGCAGUUCAUUUGCUGAAGUAACUGACAGCUGCCAGUGUAAGGAAAUCUUAGGUGUAAAAUAUUGGCAUGUAAACAGCACAGACACUGUUAUGCAUUCUGUGCCGUGUUUUUUGUUGUUGUUGUUGUUGUUGACAAUGAAGCACCCAUUAUAUGACUUCAUAUAACCUUUUUUUUCUACUGCAGCAUUAAAAGGAAAAUGUUUUUUUUUUUUUUGCAAUAA